AUGCACAUUGUGUGGCUUAAAUAUAGAGGAGUUUUAAUUUCUGCUGUUGUAAUAUUGACUCUCUCUCCCUUUCAGAAACCUGAUGUCUUGACCACUGGUGCUGGGAACCCCAUAGGGGAUAAGCUUAAUAUCCUGACAGCAGGGCCACGUGGCCCUCUUCUUGUUCAAGAUGUUGUUUUCACUGAUGAGAUGGCUCAUUUUGACAGAGAGAGGAUUCCUGAAAGAGUUGUGCAUGCAAAAGGGGCAGGAGCCUUUGGUUAUUUUGAAGUCACUCAUGAUAUUACCCAGUAUUGCAAGGCAAAAGUGUUUGAACACAUUGGAAAAAGAACUCCGAUUGCUAUCCGGUUCUCCACUGUUGCUGGAGAAUCUGGGUCAGCUGAUACAGUUCGUGACCCUCGAGGCUUUGCAAUGAAAUUCUACACAGAAGAGGGUAACUGGGAUCUUGUGGGGAAUAAUACUCCCAUUUUCUUUAUUCGGGAUGCGAUGUUGUUUCCAUCCUUCAUCCAUAGCCAAAAGAGGAACCCUCAGACUCAUUUGAAGGAUCCAGACAUGGUGUGGGAUUUCUGGAGUCUUCGCCCUGAGUCCUUGCAUCAAGUGUCUUUCUUGUUUAGUGACCGUGGUAUUCCAGAUGGGUAUCGUCAUAUGAAUGGAUAUGGAUCACAUACUUUUAAACUGGUUAAUGCUAGUGGAAGAGCAGUUUACUGCAAAUUCCAUGCAAAGACUGAUCAGGGCAUCAGAAAUCUUCCUGUUGAAGAAGCAGGAAGACUGGCUUCUACUGAUCCCGAUUAUGGAAUACGUGAUCUUUACAAUGCCAUUGCCAAGGGGGACUAUCCAUCAUGGUCUUUCUACAUACAAGUUAUGACAUUUGAAGAAGCAGAGAAGUUUCCAUUUAAUCCUUUUGAUUUAACUAAGAUCUGGCCACAUGGUGACUACCCCCUUAUUCCUGUGGGAAAACUUGUCCUGAACAGGAAUCCUGUCAAUUACUUUGCAGAGGUAGAACAGAUGGCAUUUGAUCCUAGCAACAUGCCACCUGGUAUUGAACCCAGCCCUGACAAAAUGCUGCAGGGUCGUCUCUUUUCGUAUCCUGACACUCAUAGACACCGCCUGGGACCCAACUAUCUACAAAUUCCUGUGAACUGCCCCUUCAGAGCUCGUGUGGCCAAUUACCAGAGAGAUGGACCAAUGUGUGUUUCUGACAACCAAGGUGGUGCCCCAAACUAUUACCCAAACAGUUUUACUGGUCCAGAAGAUCAGCCUGCGUGGAAGGAGUGCCGGGUGUCUGUUUCGGGAGAUGUGCAGCGCUUCAACAGUGCAAAUGAAGAUAAUGUGACUCAGGUGCGAGACUUCUAUACCAAAGUGCUGAAGGAGGAGGAGCGCCAAAGGCUGUGCAAAAACAUUGCUGAUCAUCUUAAGGAUGCACAACUCUUCAUUCAGAAGAGAGCUGUGAAAAACUUCACUGAUGUUCAUCCUGACUAUGGUGCUCGUAUUCAGGCUUUGCUGGACAAAUACAAUGCUGACACUGGGAAGAAGGAUGUUAUCAGGACAUACACACAGUCCGCAUCUCGUAUGUCUGCCAAAGAGAGAUCCAACUUGUAAAGUGUGCUGCAGAGCCUCACUCUAUCAGUUUUGCGUCCUUACAACUGCAGGAUAACCUGUGGAAGAGAUUAAUGAAUGUAGCAACUUCUGCACAAAUACAGAAUUGUUUUACAGGCUCCAUUUCUUAAUCUUUCAAGUGCCUGUAUCUGUAUUGGAAACUAGGUAACACAAGCUAACAAUCCUAGUGCCUUUAAAUGCUAGUGCUUUAACUCCUUGUUGACAACAUAUGGUGUUUUUAAGGAAACUCAUGAUUAAAAAUCCUCUUCAUUUGUAGAAGCAAACAUAAGUUUAAUGAAAAUACCUUCUGUUUUUUAUUGUAAAACUACUUUGCUAGAUCACACAAUAGAAUUUCUAUAAUGAUACUGUGAUUAUCCAUAUGGAUAAACUUCUUCAUAUUGAGAAGUUGCUGUUGCUGAGUAUGUUUAAUAAAAUAUCUGUAUGUAUUUG